ACUCUUAUGCGUUACGUAUGAAUUAUAUUGACAUUGUAUUGACACUAUAACACAGCGAUCGACGUUAGAUCAUAUAAUAGAAAAUUUAUAUUCUUGCAUACGGAAUCAAGAUCAAAGUUCAUAAUAGCACAGGGUAUAAGUACAAUAAAAUAAAAAUUGCGUGCCAGAUGACUGUGUGUAUUACAUGAUUAUGUGUCAUCGAUUUUGAUCGUUAAGUCUCGAUACUGAAACUUUACAAUAUAAAUUACGAUAAAUAAUACUAGCCAAACGGUGAAAUUUUAUCAUAAAGCAAAAUCUAACAGACAAGAUUAUUAAACAAAGUUCGACAAACAAAAUUGCCGAUCUAUUAUGGAUUUCUUGCAAGAAGUUCAACGUUUAUGGACAGACCAGCUUGAUCCACGAGUAGCUGAUUUUCCUUUAAUCCAAUCUUCUUAUUAUGUGCCACUUAUAAUAUUCGCGUAUCUGUAUUUCGUACUCAGGUGUGGGCCUCGAUUUAUGAAGAAUAGGCAGCCAUAUUCACUGAAAACGUUUAUAAAGUUGUAUAAUAUUAUACAAAUUGUGGCAAACACUUGGUUGUUUUAUGACUACAUCGAUGCCGGUGUGUUCAAAAGUUCAAAUUUAGUGUGUUCCCAAGUUCUUGAUUUCUCCUACGAUUAUAUUCCAAUGAAGUUAUAUAAGGCCACAUUUUAUUAUUUUCUGUUGAAAAUCUUGGAUUACGUCGAAACAGCCAUAUUCGUAUUAAGGAAGAAAAAUAAUCAGGUGUCUGGUUUACAUUUAUACCAUCAUAUAUCUACCUUACUUCUCGCAUGGAUUGCUACAAGAUAUUUCGCUUUUGGUCCCACACUAUUCAAUUUCGCGCUGAACAGUUUCAUACAUGUGAUAAUGUACACCUACUACUUCCUAGCAGCUUACGGGCCAAACAUUCAAAAGGCUAUAGCACCUAUGAAACAGUGGAUAACUAUAGCACAAAUGGUGCAAUUCGUCAUACUGAUAAUAUAUGCUUCGCAGAACUUUCUGCCAGGUUGCAAGGUAGUGAAGCAUUGGUUGGCCAUAAUAUAUAUCGGAAAUUUAAUGAUAAAUUUCUAUCUGUUUUAUAAUUUCUAUCAAAAGGCAUACAAUAAACCUAAGAGGAAAAUCUAAUAGAUAGUGAGAUAUACGCAAAUUCGAAAAGCAUCGAUUAUUGUUUGUUUUUACAAUCGAAUGUUUGUAUCGUAAACUUAUCGGGAUCAAAAAACGUUAUUUUUCGCUCGCUUUCUCACCUUAACGUCAUUAUACGAUAAAUGUAAAUAAUAAAAAGAGCAGCGCAGAACACAAAGUUUAUUUUAUCGAUAAUCAGCUAAUGCACAAUACUAAUGAACAAAUUUAUAAUAUAAACAUUCGAUUGUAUGCAUAUAGUAGAAUACUGAUAUUUUUUUCAUUUAUAAAUAUAUAAAAUGUAAAUUUAGAAACAAGAAGCUGUUAAUAAUAAUCAAUAAAUGUCCCAAUGUUCCGUUUCGUAUACGU